AAAUAAGCUGAGGAAGAGGUAGCGAUGGAGACAAAUGAGAACAAUAGGUAACAGGGGAGAAGACUUCCGAAAGAACCUGAAAACCUACCAGGCACAGCUGGAGCCGGCCGGGUUUUUAUCUUGUUGCUGCUGCAGAGAAGCCGCUUCAACAUUUCCACCUAAUCGCUUCUUGUGAUCUGGCAGCUCAAUGAGACUGGAGCACAAAUGGUGAUACAUCGGGCCGUCCACUCAGAGCAGAAGCAGUAGUGGAAUGAUCAGCUGCGUUCACUUGGUGUUCUGGGCUGUGCUUGGCCUGGUGUCUCUUUCCAUGGCACGGCCAGCACUGACCUUCCCAGAUCAAGUAUCCCUGAAACAGAAGACUGAGGUGGAACCGUACUCGGCACACCCAGGCAACACACUCGAGCUGCGCUGCCGCCUGAGGGAGGAUGUCCAGAGCAUUGACUGGACAAAGGACGGGGUACAGCUGCCCACCAACAACCGCACCCGAAUCACAGCCGAGUACCUACAGAUCACCAACUCAGUGCGAGAGGACUCUGGCCUCUAUACCUGUGUCACCGAUGGCCCAUUCGGCAGUGAGACCUCACACUUUGCUGUCAAUGUGUCUGAUACCUUGUUCUCAGUGGAGGAUGAUGAGGAUGAAGAUGAAGAUGAUGAAGAAGAUGAUGAAGACGGUGACAAUGAUGAAGAGGAUGAGUCAGAGGAAACAGCCAAAGGCAGGAAGGAAGCACGAGCCCCGUACUGGUCCCAGCCGGAGAAGAUGGAGAAGAGACUUCAUGCCGUGCCCGCCAUGAAAACUGUGAAAUUCCGCUGCCCAGCUAGUGGGAAUCCACCACCAUCACUGCACUGGUUAAAGAAUGGCAAAGACUUCAAACAAGAUCAUCGGAUUGGUGGCUUCAAGAUACGCUCGCAGCACUGGAGUCUCAUCAUGGAAGGAGUUGUACCUUCGGACAAGGCCAAUUACACCUGUGUGGUGGCGAACAAAUAUGGCAGCAUUAACCACACAUACCAGCUGGACGUUGUUGAACGGUCACCUCAUCGGCCAAUCUUACAGGCUGGCCUCCCUGCCAACAAGAGUGUGACUGUGGGAAGUGAUGUGCGCUUUGUCUGCAAAGUGUACAGUGACCCGCAGCCACACAUCCAGUGGCUCAAGCACGCGGAGGUGAAUGGGAGCAGCUUGGGACCCGACGGCUCACCCUAUGUUAACAUCCUGAAACAUUCGGGGAUUAAUAGCUCGGAUGCGGAAGUGCUGACUCUGUACAAUGUGACUGAAGCUGACAGCGGAGAGUAUAUUUGUAAAGUUUCCAAUUAUAUUGGUGAGGCCAAUCAGUCUGCGUGGCUCACAGUAAGCAGCCCAAAGUUGGAAGUGAUGGAGGAUAAACCGUCCACUUUGUCCUCGCCCGUAUACCUGGAGAUCAUCAUCUACUGCACUGGAGCCUUCCUCACCUCCUGUAUGGUGGUAGCAGCUGUCAUCAUCCGGAUGAAGAGCACUGCCAAGAAGCCCGACUUCAACAGCCAGCUAGCUGUACACAAACUAGCCAAGAGCAUUCCCCUACGCAGACAGGUAACAGUGUCCGUCGAUUCCAGCUCCUCCAUGCACUCGGGUGUCCUGCUGGUUCGGACAGCCCGACAUUCGUCCAGCGGCACCCCGAUGUUGGCAGGGGUCUCCGAGUACGAGCUUCCCGAGGAUCCACGCUGGGAGUUCUCCAGGGACAAGCUGACACUGGGUAAGCCACUUGGUGAGGGGUGCUUUGGGCAAGUGGUGAUGGGAGAGACCAUUGGCAUUGACAAGGAUAAGCCCAACAAGCCGGUUACCGUGGCUGUGAAGAUGUUAAAAGCCGAUGCCACAGAGAAGGAUCUGUCUGACCUCAUCUCAGAGAUGGAGAUGAUGAAGAUGAUUGGGAAACACAAGAACAUCAUUAACUUGCUUGGGGCUUGCACUCAGGAUGGCCCUCUCUACGUCAUUGUUGAGUUUGCCUCCAAGGGUAACCUGCGGGAAUAUCUGCGUGCUCGCCGACCACCUGGCAUGGAGUACUGUUACAACCCUGCCCACGCACCUGCGGAACAGCUGUCAUUCAAAGACCUGGUAUCCUGUGGUUAUCAGGUAUCCAGAGGCAUGGAAUAUCUUGCAUCGAAAAAGUGUAUUCACCGGGAUUUAGCUGCAAGAAAUGUCCUGGUGACAGAGGAUAAUGUGAUGAAGAUUGCUGACUUCGGACUUGCACGAGAUAUCCACCACAUAGAUUACUACAAAAAGACAACAAAUGGCCGGUUACCUGUGAAGUGGAUGGCCCCAGAAGCCUUGUUUGAUCGAAUAUACACACAUCAGAGUGACGUCUGGUCCUUUGGUGUGCUGUUGUGGGAGAUCUUCACCCUGGGUGGCUCUCCGUACCCUGGAAUUCCAGUGGAGGAGCUCUUCAAACUGCUGAAGGAGGGACACAGGAUGGACAAGCCUUCAAACUGCACCAAUGAACUAUACAUGACGAUGAGAGACUGCUGGCAUGUCAUGCCUUCACAGCGUCCAACGUUCAAGCAGCUGGUCGAAGACCUGGACAGAAUUGUAGCAAUGACUUCCAAUCAGGACUACCUGGACCUGUCGGUGUCCUUGGAUCAGUAUUCACCCAGCUUCCCGGAUACCAGGAGCUCCACGUGCUCUUCCGGUGAAGAUUCGGUCUUCUCUCACGACCCUCUGCCUGAAGAACCCUGCCUUCCAAAGUAUCCGGGACACAUCAACGGAGGCCUUAAGCGGAAGCACUGAGAAACGGUCACCUUGUUCCAGUCCAGUAAAACUCCUGAGGUGUCAUUUCAUGAAGCCACUAUGUUAUUCACUGAAUCGAACCUGGUUUCUCUGCACAGCCACUUGUAGUGGCCUGUGUAUGUUUUGAGGUUAUUGCCCUCUAAGGCUGCCCAUCAUUCUUAACCAACAUUUAUCAAUUAUUUUUUAAAAGCCACGAGUCAUUCCUUGCAAUGGCCUCAUCAAUCAAAAUCUUUCUGGACCUACCAGGGAGGACUGGCAUCGUAUGAAAGCCUUAAGGAGCUGGACUUUGAGAGUUGUAGUCUGGUUGUUAAGCAGUUUGCCCACCCUACUCUUCUUCCCCCUCCCUUUCUCCACCCUGUGUCCUCUCAGUCUACAGGUAGCCCGAACAUGUGAGGUUAUCAAGUUCGAAACAGCCUCAUGUGUACAGAUGCUUUCGAACCAGUGGGCUUGAGGAAGUGUACAAUGGACAAUCGAGGAAAGAUCUCCGCUUUGAGUGGAGAGUCUGAUGCCUUUUAGCAAGGACCUGGAGGGAUCUUCCAUUUUCACCCAGCUCCUGUGUGCUCUUUCACUCUGCACUGCACUAGAGUCACUGACUGCUCCUCCCUGUGUCUAAGAGCUGGGUUUCUGGUAGGGGACCAAUGGACACAAGGUCAUGGAUUAAAUCCCGUGCUUUGUAAAACUGAGAACUUAACGCUGAGUGACAGAAUGCAGAAGACAGCUCUGCUUACAUUGUAAAUAUAGCCAAAUAUGUAUAAAUAUAAAUAUAUUUACAUGAAAUGUUUUUUGUAAAGAAAAAAGGUGGUUACCAGGAUAUGUACCUGUAGGGAUUGACUUAUAGAUAUCAUGAUUGUGUCCUGUUCUAUGCUUGGGGCUUUCUACAUGCUUUCUACACGAAAGAGGGCUUCAGUGAUGAGGGCGUUCUGGUAUGAACUUUGAAUUUGCCAUAAAUAAAUGAAAUAAAUUGGACCUGAA